AACUGUGGAGCUUGCCCGCUAGUUCAGGCAUCAGCUGGAGCAAGACCCGCUCGUCCGCAAGCAGCACGCUGAUUCUCUUCCCAAUUCUUCACUGAAUGAAAAACUAUGGGGUCUGAGGGUACUAUCAGAGCACCUAUCAAGGACGGCGUUGUUUCUUCACCCUACCCACCUGUGGAGCUGCGUGAUGAUGAGACAUUUUAUCAGUACAUCAAGAGAUGUUUCUUGGAAAGGGCUGAAUGGCUAGCACUGGAACGCAGUGGUGAGUGGCUCACAUUCGCUGACAUGCUCAGACUCAUGGAGCGCUACGCCAGUGGUUUCCAGCGUCACGGUGUAUCAUGCGGGAGCCGUGUCUGCGUCAACAUGACCAACUCGGCCGAGGCCAUCGCUGCCGUCUAUGCACUCUGCUGUGCCGGAGCAGCCGUUGUCCUGACGAGACCAGGGCUGACAGAACGUGAAGUUUUGUACCAGGUCGAAGACAGUGGUGCCACCUUCAUUCUCACGGAAAGACAGAAUUUUAAUAAGGUUCUGAGCAUUCACAAGUCACGCCCAUUUAAGGUCAUGUUCUGCGUAGACAGAGUCGACGGAUUCCAACCCAUCGAUGACUUCGAGAACGAAGACCACACAAGCUUCAUCGAGCCAUCGAUCGAAGACACCCGCUCGCAUGUUUUGGUCUACACUUACACCUCAGGAACGUCAGGUCUUCCUAAGGGAGUAGAGAUCAGCAUGAACGCGUACAUGGCUUCGAUUGAAAUAUGCAGGGAGGCGGAAAUAUUCUACGAGGGAGAUGUUUACCUCGGCUGGAACCCUGUGACCCAUGCCGCUGGUUUCGUUCUUGCUGCGUCCGCCUUGUGUUCUGGAGCGAGAGUGGUGCCAUCGAGGAGUGGCCUACCUGCCAAGGACUUCGUCCAGACUGUCAACAAACACCAGGUUACAUCUAUUGUGGCAUUCCCAACAGCGUUCCGCAAGCUUGUAUUCGACCUGGACGAAGGCGCCGUGCCCACCAUAAAGCGGAUACUCAUGUGCGGCACGUCAACUGCCGAGGAAGUGUACCAGAGGGUACUGAAGGUAUUUCAGCCCAAGAGCCUGCGCAACGGAUACGGCCUCUCUGAAAUCGUCGGCUAUGCCUGCAUGACAGCGCCAAAUACGAUAGGUCUUUCUGACGCAGGUCACCCUGUACCAUCGGUGCAGUACAAGAUUGUGGACCACGUAACAGGUCUUCCACUGGGAGCCGGCGAAGUGGGUGAAAUCACAUUUCGAGGACCGCAUUUAAUGAGACGCUACCAUAACAAGCCGGAAGCUACAGCGGAAGUUUUGGACGAAGACGGAUGGUUUCGAUCAGGGGACGCGGGCUAUCGCGACGACACCGGGAAGUUGCACGUUGUGGAGCGCCUUAAGGACAUGAUCAAGUGCCUGGACCAGCAGCUCGCGCCGGCAGAGCUGGAGGCUCUGCUUUCACAGCACCCACUGGUGGCAGAAGCCGCUGUAGUAGGCAUUCACCACCCGGACCUGGGCGAGGCACCCACGGCCUUCGUUGUGGCCGAAGGCCGUGUCGAAGAGGAAGAGCUGAAGCAGCUAGUAGCUGAACAAGCUGCGCGCCACAAGCACCUGCACGGCGGGGUCGUCUUUGUCGACCACCUUCCGAAGACGGACACGGGAAAGAUCAUGAGGAGACAACUUCGGUCGAACUACUUGAAUACAUAUUCAAAAGGACCAUGAAACCCUUAGAGGAAAUUACGCAAGCACAUAUAGCAUUUUACUUGCUUGCUUAGCAGAGUAGUAUUGGAACGGUCUGAUUUAACAAGGUUGCUUUCAAUGAGACACGUAAAAUAAGCAGAGCAAAUGAAUAUGGGGAACACCAUCACCAUCUAGCUCGCACAACUAAAGCUCAUUCGGCAGGCUCAACUUUCUCUGCCAUUUCCUUUCAGACCGGCCAUAUUUUAUUAUAUCAUGACAUAUUGCUGACAGUUUCAUUAAAUUUGCGUUUCUGAA